AUGGAGCAAGAAGAAUUGCUUCGGCAAUUGCUUGAUGCAAGAUCGCCGAUUAAUAUUGAGAGUUUAUUGGUGGGUUUUUCUCAACAUGAGUUAUACCGUGGCGAAAUUUUCAAUUCAUAAAAUGCUAUACUUAAAAAUAAGUUUCGGAAUCAUUUACAGAGUUUUCUGAUCCGCUUGUUUAGAAAACCUGAACUUAAUUUGGGAAAUCCAUUUUUAGAUCAAGUUUCACUACCAACUCUGAAUAUGAGUUAUGACGUGGCAAAAUUUGAGAAUUUCAAUUUUUAAAAGGCUAUGCUACAAAAAAAGUUUAGGCCUGAAUUUAAAUUUUUUAAAUCUAAAGUUUCACAUUUUCCAGGAUACCAUCACUGCACUUGUAAAUGAUUGCAAAAUCCCCGUUUUGAUGCGUAUGAAAAGCAUCGACAAUUUCAUCAAUCGAUGUGAGUUUUGAGGAUUUUAAGUCCCUUUAUUAUUUCUGUGUGCUUAUUGUUGUUGUUGUGAUUUCUAUCAUAAAAUUCAGAUGAGCGAGUUGUUGAAAGUCUUUCCUCGAUGCGUAUGAAGGCUUGCGAUUUUCGUCAAUUGAAAGUUAUCGGAAGAGGUGCUUUUGGUGAAGUUCAUCUGGUCAGACACAACAAAUCGAACACGGUUUAUGCGAUGAAAAUGUUGAACAAGGAUGAUAUGGUUGGAUUUUUUUCCGCUUUUGAUUUUUGAAACUAAUUGAAAUUGAUGUAGUGUUGUGUUUUUGAUUUUAAGAAAUUUAUUGAUUUUGUUCAAAAUAAAAAAUACAUUUUUUUUCAGAUCAAACGAGCCGAUUCGGCGUUUUUCUGGGAAGAACGGGAUAUUAUGGCACAUGCGAAUAGCGAUUGGAUUGUUCGACUACAAUAUGCUUUUCAGGUUAGUCUAACUCGUUUUUUGGGCAAGUUUUUUUGGAUUCAGAACUUUUUACGGAAUUCAGAGCUCUCUGCAAUGUUUCUGUACAGUUUUUCACCCCGAGGAAGAUCCUGUUUACAGUUUUGGCUGAGCGACUCUCUGAAGAGCCCAAAAAUGAGCCAAAACUCGAGAAUUUUCUGAAAAUUCUCGAGUUUUGAAGGCCUUUAGCUUAAGUUAGUCAAAAACUUGAUACAGGACGAUGUUCAGAGCGGUCGAUUUGGUAAAGCCAAAAUUUCAAGCCAUAAAAGUUGUGCUUAUAUCAAUAUGUACUCAAUUUUAGAUGAAAUUUGGCUCUCAAAACUCCAGUUUUGGCUCAUUUUCUGCUCUUCAGAGAGUCGCGCAGCAAAAACUAUAUAAUAUUAUUUUUAAUUGAAAAUCAUAGCACAUUUCCUUCCCCUGAAGAAGAAUUUCUAGAUUUCUCCAAUAAAACCUUUCUAUUCUUCAGGAUCCCCGCUAUUUGUAUAUGGUAAUGGAAUACAUGCCCGGUGGUGAUUUGGUGAAUUUGAUGACAACCUACGAUGUUUCCGAAAAAUGGACAAGAUUCUAUACGGCUGAAUUGGUUGAAGCCUUAGCCGCUCUUCACGAGAUGGGAUAUAUUCAUCGAGAUGUCAAACCGGAUAAUAUGUUGAUUUCGCGAAGUGGACACAUCAAAUUGGCCGAUUUUGGAACGUGUGUGAAGAUGAAUGAGGGAGGUGUUGUUAGAUGUUCAACUGGUAAGUUUGAGCGUCAGAUAUUAUUGAAAAUUGGAAAUUUUCAGCUGUUGGAACUCCUGAUUAUAUAUCUCCGGAAGUUUUGAGAAAUCAAGGACAAGAUGCUGAAUUUGGAAAAGAAGUUGAUUGGUGGUAAGCAUUUUAUUUUACAAGGAACUGUUUCAAUUUUCACUCUAGAUUUUUGAUAAAAUAUAGGUUUUCUAAUAGUUUUCGACACGAUUCCGCCAACUAAAAUUGCAGAACUCAAUUCCUAACAUGAGUUAUGACGUGUCUUUCGAAAAAUCUGGACUUUGAAUGGUCAGAAUUCGCCUUCAAAAUGUUUUUCAUGAAAAUCUAAUAGCAUAGCGUUGUUCAGGAAGGUCGAUUACAUAAGGUUCAUACAAAAAUCGAAUAGAUUUUUCAAAAAAGUUGAUAUUUUUCACCGAACAAAAUUUUCGUUUCAAAGUUGAUCAUAAAUAGAAAACAUAAAGUUUACUUAUGUAAUCGACCUUUCUGAACAACCCUAUGCUAUUAGAUUUUCAUGAAAAUAAUUUUGAAGAUGAAUUCUGACCCCUUCAAAGUCCUGAAAAUGUUUUAACUUUGACACGUCAUAACUCAUGUUAGGAGUUGAGUUCUGCAAUUUUAGACGGCGGGAUCGUGAUCAGCGUGUCGAAAACUACUAGAAAACAUAGAUUUCAUAAAAAAUCUAGAGUGAAUGUUGAAACAGUUCCCUUGUUAGAUGUUAUGGAUCUUCAAACUCUUAAAAAAUUCAGGUCCGUUGGUGUGUUCAUUUAUGAAAUGCUCAUCGGCGAAACGCCAUUCUAUGCUGAAGCUCUCGUCUCAACAUAUACCAAUAUUAUGAACCACAAAACUAGUCUCAAAUUCCCGGACGACGCUCAAAUUUCUGAAAAAGCAAAAGAUAUCAUCAAAAGAUUUCUAUCAGCCGCACCUGAGCGAUUGGGAAAGAAUAGUGUGGAUGAAAUUAGGGCGCAUCGAUUUUUUGUGAAUGACGAAUGGAAUUUUUCGACACUUCGCAAUGCGACUCCUCCGAUUAUUCCGACUUUGAAAUCCGACGAUGAUACGACACAUUUUGAGGAGAUUGAGUCGAAAGAUCGAGAUAAUCAGGAAACUUUUCAAUUGCCAAAGACUUUUAAUGGAAAUCAAUUGCCUUUUAUUGGUAGGUUCUAGAAAAAUCGAACACUUGAGUAUAUUUUGACCCUAUUCUGCUUGUAAAAUUUCAGAACUCCUAACAUGAGUUAUGACGUGGAGGGGUUUCAGGAGCUGAAAACUAGAUUCAAAAAUGAUUUUCAAAAGGAAAAAAAUUCUGAACGAUUUUUCAGAAAAGUUAGAAAUCUGCGUUUUUAUCAAAAAUAUAGGCUCCAAUCUUUUUUCACUGAAUAUUUCAAAAAUAAUUUCUCAAACUUUUUUUAAAAAAUUAUUUUUAUCCAGUGAAAAACGCAUAUCUAUAACUUUUCUGAAAAGUCGGCUUUUUAAAUCCUGAUUUUUCGAACUUUGCCACGUCAGAGCUCAUGUGGAGUUCUGAAAUUUUACAAACGGAACAGCGGGUCAAAAUAUACUAGAUAACAUAUAUUUUAUCAAGAACCUCGAGGUUUUCGAAUUAAAUACAUUCAAAAAUUAUUUUCCAGGAUUCACAUAUUCGAAUGAAUAUAGUCCUGUAAAUGGGUUGAAAAAUCAAAAACAAUUGCAAAACGGAAAUGGAAUUGCUGUUCAAAAAGAGAUUCCACAACAACAAAAUGGAAAUAAUCGACCAAUGAUUCCGAAAGAACAAUUUGAUGAAGUUUUGAAAGAAAAUGAAACGAAGAAAAAAGAAAUGGAUCAUUUGAAAGAUAAUAUUGCAAAAGCUGAUAUUCGAGCGAAAUUGAUUGAAGGAGAGAAGAAUUUGUAAGUUUUAUUUUUGGAGAAACAUUUUUUUGAAAACAAAAUCCUUGCAGAUUGUCCAAUAAAAUUCAAGAUCUUGAAAAAGAAUUGAAAGAGCAUAAGGAGAAAAUUCGACAUGGCAAUGAUUCGGACGCAAAAAUGAAUGGAUUGGCUGUGGAAUUGCGAUCGGCGAAAGAGUACAAUUCAGAAUUGGAGGGAGAAAUGUCGAAAUUCCGUGAGAAAUACGAGCAAUUGAAGGAGGAUUUGCGGAAAAAGUUGGGCGAAAUUGCGCAGGAGAAGAAUGAGACGCAACGAAUGUUGUCGCAAAAAAAGGAGGUUGAGGAAAUGUUGGCGGAAUUGAGAAGAGAAUUGGAGUUGGUGCAGAAUCGAGAGGCGGAGACGAAUGUUCAAUUGAAGAAAGCGUUGGAGGAGAGGAAGGAGAAUGGAGCUUAUCAACAGGUAGAUUUUGAAAAUUUACGAGAAUUUUAAGCCAGAAAUUGUGGAUUUUGAUCCAAAAUUAAGAAAACUCCCCGUUUCUGUGAAAAUUUCAAAGGUUUUUGAAUUUUUUCAUGAAAAUCUGGAAUUUUCUGACCGAAAAGAUCAAAGGAGCAUACAGUACCCCUUCCUAAUAUUCAGCGCAAAAAAUGAUUAGCGAAAAAUGUAAUAAUUCAAAGGGACAUACAGUAUCUCAAAAUCAAGAAAAAUUUUUUUAAAAUUUUUUCAAAACAAAUUCUAUCAAUAAGCUUCACAUUUUUAUGGGCAUUCUGAAUUUUUUUUAAAUUCUAAAAUUCUGAAAAAAAAGUUCAGAACUAUUUUUGCUCGAUUUUUUCACUGAAUCCAAAAAUCUUAUUUUCAGAGUGUUGCAAAAGCGACAGACGCCGAAUGGGAGAGAAAAGUGCAAUAUUAUGAAAAACAAUUGGAACAUGCGCACGAAGAACGAAAAAGAGAAGAGCAAAAAAGGACAGCGGCUGAAUUUGAUCAGAGUAGAGUUGCACGAAAAUUGGCUGGAAUUGAGGCGAAUUUCGAGUAUUUGCAGAAUGUAAGUGAAAAGGUUUCUCGAAAAAAAUAUUGUUUUUUUCUUUUCCAGGACUAUAAAAAUUUGGUGGAAUCACGUGAAAGAUUGGAACGAGAUCUGCAAGAAGUUUCUGCUGAAAAAAGACGAUUGGAAAUUCGAGUUGAGCAAUUGAUGGAUAGUCGAAAUACGGAUGAAAGAGUUUUGAGUUUGUGUCAAGAUGAACUUGUUGAAAGUCAAGAAGAAGCGAAAAUGAAAGAGGAACAUUUGAAAAGUCGAAUUGAUCAAACAAGAUAUGAUUUGGAAAAUGAGAAAUUGGUUGGUUUCUUUCUUUUUUGGAAGAGUGUCAAAAAAUUCUCGUUUUCAGAAAGCGCAAACACUCGAAGAAAAUCUGUCAGUCGCUGAUAAAGAAAGAGGAAUGUUGAAAAUGGAAGUUCAGGAGCUAAUGCAGCGGCACAAAUGGGAAAUGUCGACGAAAGAGCAACAAUUAAAAUUGUUGGAGAAGCAACUUGAGGAAUUGACAGCGAUUUCGCAAGAGAAUUCGGCGCAAGAAAAUCAGGAUUCGCAAAUUAUUGCCGAUUUGAGAAAGUGGGUGAUUUUUCAAGAAUUUUGAAAAUUAUUUCAUAGAUAAAUUUAGUUCACCGAGCCAAAAUCUGAUUUUUGGAGUUACUCCGAAUUAUUGAUUUUUUAUUUUACUCAAUUUUAUUGAUUAAAAUGAGCAAUCGUAUUUUCGGAGUUACUCCGAAUUCACUAUUUUUGUCUAGCUCAUUUUUAUGGGUAAUUUUGAGCAAUCUAACUUUUGAAGUAACUUCGAAUUAUAGAUUUUUUUGUCAGCUCAUUUUUAUGGAUGAUGUUGAACAGUCUGAUUUUCGGAGUUACUCCGAAUUCACGAUUUUUUGUCUAGCUUAUUUUUUUUUGGAACAAGUUUCCGAACGAUUUUUAGAUAAAUCUGGGAAUUUUAGUAAAAUACCAAGUUAGACACCCUUUUCUUUUAAUUUUUGAAAAAAUUGAGCUUCUCGCCCCGGAUCUGUUAACCCCUCUUAUUUCCAGAAAACUCGAAAAUGAGACAGCUCACAAAAAAGCGGUUAUCAAUAAACUUGAAGAAGAAGUUGCGAAGAGACAGCCGACGAAAAAAGGAGAGAAAGGAGUGACGAAAUCGGCAUUGAUCAAGAAAGAGCGGGAAAUUGUAAGAAUAUAGAUGUUAAUUAAUUAAUUAAUUAAAAAAUUCUGAAUUUCAGAUGAUGUUGCAACAAGAAAAAGAAGAAAUGAUGAAACGAAUCAAAUCGUUGUAUGCUGACCAAGAAAAACAUAUGAGCGAAUUCACGAUUCAACUUCAAGAAGAGCUCAAAAUGCACGAUAUUCUACGAGAUGAGAAUAAGGAUUUGAAAGAGCGAUUGGAUGAAUUGAUGAGGAAUGGAAUGCGAUUCUCGGAUGACAAAAGAUCGAUUGAUUCAAGAGAGGGACUUCCACCAUCAAUAAGUCAUCAUAAUAUUCAAAUGGAGGGUUGGUUGUCGGUUAGAGAAGUGCAGAAGAAAUCGAGAAAGACUAAGGUUUGUUUUGGGCAGAUUUGUUCUGAAUAGGAGCAUCUAAUUUUUUUCCAGUGGAAUACAAUUUAUGUGGUCCUCAAUGAAUAUGCAUUUAUAAUCUAUAGUGAUGAAAAAGCUCUUCAAGUUGUUUUGUCGGUUGAGGCUGGAAAUAUGUGCCAUGUUCGACAUGUUACAGCGGCAGAUUUGAGAAAUGUUGAUGAUUCACAAUUGCCAAAGAUAUUCCAUGUGAGUUUUUUUUUUUUUUUGAAAAAUAAAACUAUCCAUUUUUAGUUGAUGUAUGAUGAUAAUACGAAUGCACAAUCUCGACACGCUUCGAAUUCCGAUUUAUCGAUGAUUGAAAAUCAACGAGAAGAGAGUUGGAAGCGACACGAUUUCCAGGAAUUGUCAUUCCAUAUACGAACACAUUGUGAUGAUUGCGGUAAAAAGUUGUCGGAUAUUAUUCGACCGACUCCGGCGUAUGAGUGUAGGAAUUGUAGAUAUAAGACGCAUAAGGAACAUGUUGCACAAGGAACUAUUACACCGUGUAAAUGUGAGUGUUUUUGGGGUCGGAAUUGGAGUUGGAAUUUUAAUAAAGAUCAGUCUAACUGAACGCUUAUUUUUAAAUUUGAAAAUUCAAUUUUUUUGGUAAUUGAGGACGAAAAAUAGUUGAUAUUAUUGAAUUAAAAACACGUGAGAAAUAAAAAACUAGGUCAAGUGGCGUGGAUUUAAAAACAGUAUAGGUAGCCAUGUCGUCAGUCGCGAUGCGUGUGGGCGACACGUUUUUAGAAAUGAAAAUUUGAAAAAUCCAAUGGAAAAUAUCGAGGUCAACACGCAACGCAGAACCGCAUCGCGACUGACGACAUGGCUACCUAUACUGUUUUUAAAUCCACGUCACUUGACCUAGUUUUUUAUUUCUCACGUGUUUUUAAUUCAACAAUAAAAAAGAUUUUCACAAAGAAAUUUGGCUCACAGCAAAUUUCAAAAAAUUAUUUUUGUUUCCCUAUUUUUUUGCAAUUUUUUCCAUUGAAAAAUGAAAAAUAGCUCGCCACAAAAAUGUUUCAAUGGAAAAAGUUGAAAAAAAAACAGUUUUUUUUAAUUAAUUUUUUUCGUCUUGAAAAAUUUCUGUAAAAUUUUAAACCGUUUUUAUGAGAAAUCCAGGAAAUCCUAAUUUUUUUUUCAAAUCCUAAUUUUUCCCAGAAUUCUUGAAUUCUUUAGUGUCAGAAUUGGAAUUUCAAAAAUUCAGAUAACUUAACAUGAAAAUUUAAAAAUUACAAUUUUGAAAAUUAAACAAUUUCAUAUUUUCUUCUGGGAUGUUUUUUGACAAAAAAGUUCGAUUCAGCAAAUUUCAAAAAACUACUUUUUUUUGAAAAAUAUAGUUUUUUUAUUUGCUGAAUCGUAACUUUUUGUCAAAUAAAGUUUUUUAAAUUAAUUUUUUUGACUUGAAAAAUUCUGUAUAACCUUUUUGUUUUGAGAAAUUCGAAUUUUUCAGAUCACCCUGAAAUAAAAAAAUUACAACUUCGAAAUAUUUUCGUUCCAAUCUUUUUUUAUUCAAAAAUUGUAUAGAAACUCCCUCAGCGGAUCGAUUUCCUCACAAAAAAUCCCAAAAACCUCCAAUAUUUUUCCAGUCACCGGGCUUUCUCGCGAACUCGUCUUAAUGGCUCCACAAACCGAUUUGUGCAUCCGUUGGGUGUCACAAAUCCGUCGUUUUAUCGAAGCCGCUCGACCGGCCGCUGUCUCAGUAUCCCGUGUCUCAUCUCGACGACACAUGACCGGCUCGACGACUUCAUCCUCAAUUCAUCCAUAA